GGGAGUUACUGUUAGACGGUAUAUGAAAAUAUCUUUGUAAGGCCUGGCAGACCUCUCCAGCAGCAGACUAUGAGCUGUCUUCAGGGGAAAAUGGCUCUGACGAUAAACAAAGCUGGAGGUGAAACUUCUGGAGAAGAAGGACCUCAGCACCACUUUGACUGCCCCCAAAUGAGGAUUGUCCUGCUGGGUAAAACAGGUGUGGGGAAAAGCGCAGUUGGCAACACCAUCCUGGGCAGGAAACAGUUUGAAUCUGCACUCAGAAGUGCUUCAGUCACCAGUCAGUGUCAAAAGGAAGAUGCCAUAGUAUGUGACAGACCCAUUUCUGUUAUCGAUACCCCAGGCCUGUUUGACACUGAGCAGCCCAACAACGAAAUCCAGAAAGAGAUAGUGAAAUGUAUCCAGGUCUCCUGCCCAGGGCCACAUGCUUUCCUGUUGGUGAUGCAACUGAACAGAUUCACAAAGGAGGAGAAGGUGUGUGUUGAAGCUCUGCAGAAGAUCUUUGGCGAAGAAGCAAACAAUUUUAUGAUCAUCCUGUUCACUCGUGGAGAUGACCUACAAAGGCUGACCAUUCGUGACUUUGUCAGGCAUGCUCACCCAGACCUGAGGGGGGUGAUCAAGAAGUGUGGGGGCAGAUACUGUGUCUUUAACAACAAGAAACCUUCCAACAGGGAGCAAGUGAAAAUACUGUUGGAUAUGAUUGACCAAAUGAUGGCCCUGAAUGGAGACAGCUUUUAUACCCAGGAGAUGUACGAGGAGGCAGAGGCAAAGAUCAGAGAGAAGGAGGAGGAGAUCAAAGAAGCAGCCCUAGAGAAGAAAAGACUCCACCGAGAAAAAAUAGUGAAAAAGAGAUUGGAGAGAGCAGAAAAACUUGCAGUAGAGCUGAGAGAAGCACUGGACAUGGAGAUUGAAAAACGGUUGGGUGUAAUCAAGAUGGAAUACGAGCAGGAGCUGAGGGAAGCUAGAAGAAAGGCAGAGGAGUCUGAUCUCCAGAUGGGUUUCGUAGAGAACCUCAAGGUGAAUGUUUUCAAGGCUUUUGGGAUUGUAAAGAAAUAAAGUUACUGAUGCCUUGUAGGAUGGCUAGAUGAACACCGCUUCAGGUCCCAAAGCUCUCCUCAGGGGCACCUCCGCCAUUCCAUGUAUUUCUUAAAUUUCACCAUCAGCUUAUUGAAUUCUUUAAUUUAAUUAGUUAAAAGUCAAUGAGGUUAUCAUUAGCCAUAAGGGGGUGAGUUAGUAGUCAAGUCAAAAAAUACAUAUUUGUAUUGUAUGGUUGCUGCAAAUACUGUGGUGAUUUUAUGAGAGGUUUCAUUAUGAGAGGUUUCAUUUUCAUUUAUAGUUGUUUUAUAAUAUGCAGUUUAAAAUCAUAUAUAAAGCAUUUAUUGAGAUUACCAGGAUUUAAUA